AUGGUUGACACUGCACCCCCGGAUAACGAGGUUAUCCCCCAAAUCCCUUCCCAUCUAGUAACGACAAAAAACAGCGCUGCCCGCUUCGCGUACAGGGCCACAGGUGACAACAUUACUACUGGUAGCGUGGAAGAGUUGGUGUUUGUGGAUGAGCUCGAUGCAUUCGUCCCACGAAGCGAGGUUCCCGAGUCUGUCACCGUGCCUGCUGCCAUUCAUUGCCUAGUGCUGGGCUGA